ACCCAAAUGACCUUAAUAUUCAAUAUUCAAUACCCAAUAUUAAAUUAGCAGCUGUACCACAGUUUAUAUACCUACUUUAAAAGGCUUCCCUCCCCAUAAAAUCGCCUUGAGUUUCUCGAGCAACUGGACUUGACUAUAUCAAAGAAUAAACACAACUACCUCACGAGAGUCUUGCAUACUUUCAUCUACAGGUCUCGUUUACUUUCGUAACAUCAAUAUGAAGGUCGUUUUGUUUAUCUCUGCACUUGCUGCUACCCUAACUGCAGCUGCCCCACUUGAACCAAGACAAAAUGUCGUUGGCUUAUGGGGUAAACCUACUGAUGUUGCUGUUCAGUACUGCUACAGUGAGUAACGCGUUACUGCCCCUAUCAUUUAAAUCUCUUACCUCCUUGACCUCUAACCGACUGAUAACACAGAUGAUUUUCCUUGCAUCAACGCACGCGAAGCAUGGCAAUCCUGUCAAGUAUCCACGCUCCAAGGUCAAAAUACCGAUCCCGAAGCUCGCAAUAGUGUAGUCGCUCAAUGUCUCUGCAACAAUCAAAUUGUCAAUGAAACAGCUAGCUGCAUCGCAUGUCUCAGCUAUGCUAGCAGUAACUUCUUGGUCCGCGACACUGCAGAGCAACACGCUCAAGAUAUGUGCGAUAAGAAGACUACUCUCGGUCAAUAUGAGAAUUAUGUAUAUCAGUUUGGUGAUUUAUUGCAGUUUCCGCUCAUUUUACCUUCUACUUGGCUUGGUGGUACGAAGGUCAAUCUUCCGGAUCAAAUGCUCAUUAAGGGUUAAAGUGUUCGAUAUCAAUCGUAAGUUCCAUUUGACGCAUCAGCUUUUGAUUGAACUAACAUAUACAUCCAGUUUCGAUAACUUUCAGGUGAAGACAGACUUCGGGUAUGGGGAAAGGAGUGGAGGUCUGGCUGCUGUAUAGAUUUCUACUUCGAAGAGCUGCUUUUCUCUGUUAGUUCUGGUUGAAAAAACACUGAAAUGUCUCGGCGUGUUUAUUUCUAUUUCCUGGAGAAAUAUCCACUAUGCAAAGCAGGGGAUAUGAUUUGAUUUUGUCUCAAAUACAGUUCUUGAUUUCGGAACAGAGGACUUUACAUUACAUUUUUCUGUGGCUGCUGCAUUUGAAGGUUUGUUUGGUGAGGGUGACUACCGUGACACAAGUUUUUUAUUUUUUAUAUUUCAGCGACAAGGCAUAUAUACACCAUUCAACCCCGCGAUUACGAACUUUCUG